AUGGCAGGGAGGGUGGUCUACGCCCCUCUCCCGCUUCUUCUGCUCCUUCUGGUCCUGGUGGGUGUGCUUCGCAUGGCCCAGGGCUCUGGCUACCUGUCUGGAUAUCGCCUCAGGUCUCGCCUGCAGAGGGACCGGCACUUCCGCAACAUCCGACCCAACAUCAUCCUGAUCCUCACAGAUGAUCAGGACAUAGAACUGGGCUCAAUGCAGGCCAUGAACAAAACGAGGCACAUCAUGGAGAAGGGCGGCACGCAUUUCUCAAACGCCUUCUCCACCACGCCCAUGUGCUGCCCAUCCCGCUCUUCCAUCCUGACAGGGAAGUACGUGCACAACCACCACACCUACACCAACAACGAGAACUGCUCCUCACCCUCGUGGCAGGCCCACCACGAGCCGCACACUUUCGCUGUACACCUCAACAACUCUGGCUACAGAACAGCCUUUUUUGGAAAGUAUCUGAAUGAGUACAAUGGCUCCUAUGUGCCCCCUGGCUGGAAGGAAUGGGUAGCACUGGUGAAGAACUCACGCUUCUACAACUACACCCUCUGCAGGAACGGAGUACGAGAGAAACACAGCAGCAACUACUCAAAGGACUACCUGACAGACAUCAUUACCAACGACAGCAUCAACUACUUCCGUAUGUCCAAGAGGAUGUACCCUCACCGUCCUGUCAUGAUGGUCCUGAGCCACGUUGCUCCGCAUGGUCCAGAGGACUCCGCUCCGCAGUACAGUUCUGCCUUCCCCAACGCAUCACAGCACAUAACCCCCAGCUACAACUACGCCCCUAACCCAGACAAGCACUGGAUCCUACGCUACACAGGACCUAUGAAGCCUGUCCACAUGCAGUUCACUAACAUGCUGCAGCGCAGGAGGAUGCAGACCCUGCUGUCUGUUGAUGACAGUGUGGAGAAGGUGUAUAACAUGUUGGUGGAGACGGGGGAAGUGGACAACACCUACCUCAUUUACACCUCAGACCACGGCUACCAUAUCGGCCAGUUUGGUCUGGUCAAGGGCAAAUCAAUGCCUUAUGAGUUUGACAUCCGUGUCCCCUUCUAUGUACGAGGACCUAAUGUGGAGCACGGUGCCAUUAAUUCUCAUAUAGUGCUGAACAUUGACUUGGCACCGACUCUGCUGGACAUGGCUGGUGUUGAUAUCCCUGCAGAAAUGGAUGGCAAGUCUAUCCUCAAGCUGAUGGACACAGACAGGCCAGUCAAUAGGUUCCAGUUAAGCAGGAAGGGCAAAACAUGGAGAGAUUCUUUCCUUGUGGAGAGAGGGAAGCCUCCACACAAGAGAGCUGACGGGAAGGAAGUGGCCCAGGAGGAGAACUUCCUGCCAAAAUACCAGCGGGUGAAGGACCUGUGUCAGAAAGCAGAGUACCAGACCUCCUGCCAGCAGCCAGGACAGAAAUGGCAGUGUGUGGAGGACCCGACUGGCAAGCUGAGGCUGUAUAAGUGCAAGGGCAUGGCUAGUCUCUAUGCCCCACGUAUGCAGGCUCUGAUGGCCAGCGGUGCCUCCCAGCUGUCUCUCACAUCCAACUCAGACAGCUGUAACUGUGCUGAUGUGGGCGUCAAAACAUCAAUCCUGAAGAGGAAGAGGCUGCUCACCAAGAAGAAGAUGAAAUCCAGUAAGAGUGUCUCCAAGAAGCGCUGGGCUCGUUCUGUAUCAUUUGAGCUGGAUGGAGACCUGUACGCCGUGGACCUGGAGGAGGGCUACCGGCCCCUGGGGUACAGGAACAGCAGCGGGACCAGAGACAGGAGGAGAGGGGUGGGGAAUGAGGAGGACAAUGAAGAGUUCAGCGGUAUGGGAGUCACAGCCAAACCCACCACCAGCAGCAGACUCACACCACCUGCUGCUCUUAAAGUCACUUACAGGUGCUCCAUUCUUAUGAAUGACACAGUAAAGUGUGACGGAGGACUCUACAAGUCCCUUCAAGCAUGGAAAGACCAUAAACUACACAUAGAGCAUGAGAUUGAAACGCUGCAGACCAAAAUCAAGAACCUGCGUGAGGUCAAAGGUCACCUGAAAAAGGUGCGGCCUGAGGAAUGUCAGUGUACCACUCCCAGUUAUCUCCUGAAGAAUAAAGAGACUUUCAGGCUAAAUGCAGGACGCAUGCACUCACUUCGAAUGCCGUCCAAGCAGAAAAGUCAAUGGCUGCAGAAGGAACAGAAGCGCAGAAAGAAACUACGUAAAUUCCUCAAAAGGCUCCAGAACAAUGACACCUGCAGCAUGCCUGGCCUCACCUGCUUCACCCACGACAACCAUCACUGGCAGACUGCCCCCUUUUGGACAAUGGGUCCAUUCUGUGCAUGCACCAGUGCCAACAACAACACCUACUGGUGCCUCAGGACCAUCAAUGACACACACAACUUCCUGUUCUGUGAAUUUGCUACCGGUUUCCUGGAGUAUUUUGACCUCAACACUGACCCAUACCAGCUGAUAAAUGCUGUGAGCACCCUCGACCGCAACGUUCUGAAUUCAAUGCAUCAACAGCUCAUGGACUUACGAGGCUGCAAGGGACAUAAGCAAUGCAACCCGGAGAAGGGGGGAAAGGAGCGAAGCUACUUCAGUGAAUACAGACCAGUUCAUCGUCGAAAGAGGCCAAAAGUGAAGAAGCCUUCCUCCAAAUCGCUAGGGCAGAUUUGGGAAGGGUGGGUUGGUUAACCACCUGCAUCCCACAACCAGUCACAUCGGCCUCCUCCAGCACAGGAAGGAGAAGGGGGAGUGCAGGCAAACCCAAGGACCUUGACCACACUUCGAUGGACCAUAACUUGAGAUACUUCUCCUCUCUAUUUUGGGUUUUUAUUUUUGAGAGAGCGGCUCUCUGUAGCCCCCACCCAGACAGAGGAGAUGCUGAGACUGAGAGGAAGCUUAAAGACUCUCCAAUUGUCAGUUCUACCUUUGCACACAUUUAUGCCCAUUUACAUCCUCUGUUACCCCCAGCUGUCAGGACCGUUUACAUCAACAAGAUGCUCUGAAUCGGCUGGGACAGUUUGGUAUCCACAGGCCAUUAAGUCUAACAGUGCUUCUUGUAGAAAAUAUAUAUCAGCUUUAAUCAGCUUUCUUUCAUGUCAUACUGUAUGGGACUAGGUGGAAACAUGGUGAGUUACAGGUUAACUCUGCUGCUACGUAAUGAUGUCAUGGCCUCAUGAUGUCUCUGUGGCACUUCCUAAAUUGUUAGUGCUUGGAGUCACUACAAGACAUAUUUUCUUUCUCUGCACCAAUGUGUCUGCACAUGGAAGUGGUAUGGACUUUUAAACAACCGACUGUAACUAGUUCUUUGCCAUAAUCUUUUGUAUACUAGUUGAUUUUAACGCCGAUGAAUGUCCUUUAUGAAGCAUCAUCUUCCUCAAAGCUGUGAGAUGUGAGGUGACUACAGUUUGCCUGCCUUGAUCCAACCACAUACAGUGUCAGACGCACCUCGAUCAACACUACACUAACCUCUAUCACACAAUAAUACAAUCCAAACCUCCAGAAUAUUUGACCACUGGAAGAACGCGUCAUUAGUGAAUGCCAUUUUACUCCCUUGUAUUAUCAGUACCACACUGUAGAAGUCUCCAAAUAGUUUGUUGAGCUUGCUAUACAUGGUGCUACAGGAUAACAAUCCAGAAGUAAAAUCUUGCUGUACAGUACAGUAUGUAUUUGAAUGUAUGUUGUGCAAUUAAUAUAAAUGUUUACAAUAUUUUUUAUAAUACUGAAGAGGCAGACCUCAUUGUAUGAUAUGAGUUGA